CUAUAAACAGGCUUCUCCCAAUGCAGCUUUCCACCCGCUCUUUGUCCGUCACCGGCUGUGUGACGACGCGUUUCCCUUUAAGAUGAUGUCGGACACAAUUAUGCCUUAUUUAAUUAUUUUGUGUAAUGUCGGCAGGCACAAACACGGACUGAACAGUAACGUUAACAGUCAGCGACGGUAGGAGAGGAGUGUAGCAUCAUCUCAUCUCAAAGUGGCGGAGGGCUAGCUGUGCUCAGGACUAACACGAGUCCGGUGUCCUUGCCUGUGUCAAAGGCAGGACUGGUGUUUAUCAGAGGCUGCAACACUUCUCCGGGACAGACAUGUCUUUUUCUGGAGCAGACAAAGGAGACAGGCAUCGAGGCGCAGAAGAGACACGGUGAAUGCGGUGAAAGUACUCUGUACUCUGUCCCCCCUCUCACCCCGUCAUGUUUUGGAUGUUUGGGAGAGACACCAGACUGUAGGACUGAGACUCACAUUUAACUACAUAUUAAAAAGAGCUCUCCCACAUCUCUUCCCUUCUUCCCACCAUCACGACAACCUCCCCCCACCUCCACCUCCACCUUUAACCUCCCAAUGAUGACAUCCCCAGACUCCCCUCCUCUUGUCUCCCCUUCCCCAUGCCCUGCACCCCCUCCAUCCCUCCCCUCCUCCCCGGUUCCCUCCUCCCCAGCCCCGUCUUCCUCCUCCCUCCCCGCCCCGCCGUCGCUGCCUCCCACGGGAGAGGUGAUGGUGCUGGCUCUGGGCAGGAAGAAACAGAGGGUGCUGAUCGCUCUCUCCAUCCUGCCCAACCUCUUCCUGGCCUUCCUACUCUCUUCCGACCCCCUCAUCACCCUCUCCCCACCCCAUCACUGCCACCUGCCGGGGCCCUUACCGUCGCCCGAGGUGCUGAACGCCUCCCUGCCGUGGGAGAAGGGGGAGAGGGCCGGGGACAACGGGGACUUGUCCCAGUGUAAGCAGUACGCCAACGGCAGCCAGUCAGCAGUGGUGGACUGCGAGGCCGGCUGGGACUACAACGUAACAGAGGGGUUGAGGAACAACAUCGUUACUGAGUGGGAUCUGGUGUGUGGUCAGUACUGGUUGGUCCCAGUGGAGGAGGUGUGUUUCAUCCUGGGAGUCCUGACUGGCUGUCUCGGCCUGGGCUAUGCUGCUGACAGGCUGGGCAGGUUCAAGACUUUGCUGACCUCUCUGACCCUGUCCGUGGUGUUUGGGGUGCUGGUGUGUGUCUCUCCGUACCCCUCCAUCUUCAUCGUCAUGCGCUUCUGUUUGGCGGCAGCUAGUGCGGGAGUCUACCUCACUCUGUACAUCACUCGUCUGGAGCUGUGUGAACCGUCUCUGAGGCUGGUGGUGACCAUGCUAGCUGGGCUGAUGACUGUAGCUGGAGAACUCCUGCUGCUGGCCGUCGCACUGGGCUGCCAGUCCUGGAGGGGCCUGCUGGGAGCCGGCGCUGCCCCGCUGACACUCUUCCUCAGUUACGGCAUUCCCGGGGUGUUUCCAGAGUCUCCUCGCUGGCUCCUUCUGUCAGAGAGAUCCGCAGACAUGAACUCCUUCACCGAGAGAAGAAACUCCAACAGAGACGUGAGGGAUGACGAGAGCUUCACAGAGCUGGAUUCAGAGCCGGCCCCCUCUUCACGCCCCCACCUGUCCUUCCCCGAGCUCUUCCACAGCAGGAACAUCUGGAAGAACAUGUGUGUGCUCGGCUUCACCUCAUUCAUCUCGCACGGCAUUAGUCACUGUUACAGCUCUUUCCGAGGUGAUGUCAGAGGCACGGCCCCCAGCUUCUACUGGACGUACCUGCUGUCAGUGUGCGCGGGGGGCGGUGCCUGGCUGUUACUCUGGGCGACUGUGGACAGGUGCGGUCGCCGUGGCAUCCUGCUCCUCUCCAUGACGAUGACGGGGCUGGCCUCUUUGAUCCUCCUGGGACUCAUGGAGUAUCUCAGUGAGACGGCCAUCACAGUUUUCUCAGUGCUGGGUCUCUUCUCCUCCCAGGCCACCGCCUCUCUCUGCAUCCUCUUCACUGCAGAGAUCAUGCCCACCAUCAUCAGGGGCAGUGUUGUGGGCGCAGUGUUGGCCCUGGGCUGCGUGGGCCGCCUCAGCUCCCCACUCAUGGAUCUGAGGAACCACUACGGUUACUUCCUGCACCACGUGGUCUACUCCUCUCUGGCCCUGCUGGCUGUGCUGUCCAUCCUGCUGCUGCCAGAGAGCAAGAGAAAGCCGCUGCCCCAGACUUUGGCCGACGGGGAGCAGUACAGACGCCCCCCACUGGGCAGGAGGAGGAGGGACAAUGUGCCGCUGCUCGCCACGCCCAACCCAGAGACCUAAAAGAGCCCUGAAAGCGUUGGAUGGACUGUGCUCAAAUCACCCUCUUUGCAGCCAGAACAUUUACACCCAUCAUGUUCAUGCAGAGGAGGAGAAAGACAGAACAAUAUAGAGACAAGGGCUGCACGGAUGAUUGUGGACGGACGAUGAAGGGCGGUGAUAAACGUGAUUGGACACUCUAAGCUUCCUAACAUAUCAUCCUCUAGUCAUUCCAAACGCAGGCGGUUUGGUCGAGCUAUCAUGUUUCUCCACCAUCCUCCAUUUCCUGCCAUUCAGUUGUGUGUAGAUCUGACACACAGUGUUCACAGACACGUCUUCAACUCCAUUUCCUCCUGACCAGAAGGCAGGUGAUCCCCACCAUGUGACACACCAGCAUACACUGCUGCACGCCGUCCUCCCGUGCGUCUGUCGUAGAGAUGUUAGCUGCUUACUACUGACACUCCAGACCAGAUGUGGCUCAGAGAGUAGUUGCAAAGUUAUUCCUAGCAUUUGUCUUAACCUGCAUAGAACGUUUUUUGUCGUGUUUGCUGUGUGCGACAACACUAGAAGUGCUCAGAGGUGUGCAAAAUCAAAGCAAACUCAGCUUUGUAUACUUUUCUGUGACACCUGUGGUAAAACUCUCCCAUGUGGCACUCCAAACAGGGAUGGACCACAGCUCUUGAACACAUAUUGUAAGACUCCAUGGAGUGUGGGUGCCUUGUAAAUAAUCUAGACUUAGUUUCUUUAACUUUUUUGGGGCAUCUGAGUUUUGCUAAAGCAGACCCUGUGGCUGGAAAUUGUACGGUUUAGUUACGCUAUGCAGUGGAGAAGCAGAUGCAGAGCACUUUGAAACAUUCUUUUGUAAAGAUGAUGGAGAUUAAUUUGACCAAGAUCUUAAAAAGUAAGGGACAGUUUUAUCUACCAUUAAUGAUAAUGGGAUCAGAGGCUAAAAAGGAAACAAACAAAAAUGUGUUCACGUUCAAACUGUUUAAAUCCAGUUACUGACUCUGGCCUGGAGCCAGCAAUAUUUAUGUCUUAUUUAUGUUGUUAUUAAGCAUAAUCAGAGAAUUACUCAGAGGCCUAGCAUUUUUUAAGUAUGAAGCUAAAUAUUGUUAAAUUGGAGAUGACUCUGACUCUUGAAUAACUGUCACAACAUUCCUAUCUGCAUGUUUGGAAGCACUGAAGGGCUUGUUUUUUCUGUAUUUCCUCAGAAGCUUAUAGUUACUCAAUACCUCUCUAGAAGACCAGUCUCAGCUGUAUGAGAAUAGACGGGUACGAACAAACUACAGUAGAAUUUUAAAUGGUGACUUGUAUAACCAGGCACAUAUAUUUUUUGUCAGCAGUUAAAUGUGGAGGUUUUGAAAGAGGUCAUUUGUUAUUUUGCCUGAAUGUUAUUAUUGAUGCUGGAGGAAAGGGCCCGGUGAUUAUGCUCCAUGAGGUUUGUAUGGGAGCUGAAGAGGGCCCCAGAGCUCCAAAUUAACCCCCGACUUCCUCAACCACGCACCAAGGAUAUUAUUUUUAUCCAUGGCUGUUUUAUUUUGAGUGUUCCAUGUUGCAUACGGUUAAAUCUUGAUGGAGAAUUACCAAAGCAUGUCAGUUUCAGUGCUUAAAAAAACCCAGUGUUUGUUUACAUGCUCAGUAAUUCUUUUUCUCAUGUAUUUGUGGGUGCGUGAUAUUAAGAGGAAGUGGGAGGUGUUUAAUUUGGACUCUGACGUUGAGGAUUCACUAAAGAAAUUAUGACACUCAGUUUUGUCGACAGCUACUUCCUCUGUUCUUUCCUCUGUAUGUUGCACUCAACAAGUCCUAACACUUGUACACUGACAAUUAUUAUCACUAUGGUUAACUUGGCUCGAGUAGUAUUAUGUCUGACAACACUGAUGAUCUGUUCAAUGAUGAGUGUGAUGCAGUUAACUCUAUACCCUGAUUUAAUGUAAAAUAAAACUGGU